CACAACUACACUUUGCGCACUUACAAUACUAAAAAAAAAAAAAGAAAAGAAAAAAUAUAACAGACAACUACUCAAUAAAAAUAAGGAAUACUCCAACAUAAAAAACAAGCAUAGUUUUUAGAUAUGCUACUAAACAGCCAAAAUUUAUUGUUUAAAAUGAAUAAGCCGGCCAAGAAGUCGCACAAACUAAGCAUUUCAGCACCAAGUACCAUGAAUCUGAUGGAUCGCGAUUAUGGGCUAAUGAAGGUAUCUCACGACAAAAGCAGUACUCCAUAUCCACGAUCAUCCAAGGGCGUCGACCCUGAAGUGCUGCGCAGUCGCCUCCAUUCGGAACAUAAAGAUUCAUUUGAUUUGUCAGUGGGCGCGGUAUCCGAAGUCGAACUAAUACAGGAUGAAAUCGUUGGAUCCCCCUCACAGCGUAUUUCCUACCCCAAGGCGCCAAUGCAUAUAAAUCAAAACAUUUCGAAGAAUCUGACGCACCAUAAAGCUGUUUUUGGAUCAGAUUUGUCUACCGCACGCUCAGUCAGUAUAUCGAAAUUUGCCAAAAAAGCUGGACAUUCGAACAGGGGUUCGACCACUCAAUACCUAUCCGUUGGUACCCCACAUCCCAAGCAGCGUAUUGUCCUGAAUCCCAGCAAUUUGUUGCGGCGCUUGACGGAAAUCCGUUCACACGAAAUCGUUGUUCCAAAGCGAGAGAAAAAGGUCAGCUUUAACAUAAGCAGCUGUUCUCUAACUGUGAAAACAUCUGAAUCUUCUAGUCGAUCACGAAAAGAUGGAGUUUCGUUUGCAGAGCGUCGACGUUUAUUCCAUUUGGCAGAGUUUACGAUUGCCAAGAAUGGCAAGAAACUAUGCGAUUGGCCACUGUCCGAAGAAUGGCAGCUAUUCGAAGAACGCGAUUCGCUUAAUUUCAACGCCGAGAAAGCAAGAGAUGAAAUGGAACAAUAUCUGCGAAAACGAGGCAUAACAAAGAGUAUCUACAAUAUUGUCACGGGUCCCAUGACUGCAUUCCAUCGCGGAUCAACUGUUGACAGCAUCAGGGGCUCAAUUGUCGGAAGGACCCCAACCGAAAUGACCUCAGAUCCAAACAUCAUUUCCAAAAAGUCAUCUGUUCGAAUCGAGGAAAAAUCAAUUCACUUGGAAAAUAGCGAGAGUUCCAUUCGUUCUUAAAGAUGUAGCGAAGCUAUCGAAUUAAACUAUCGCUAUUUACCGAAUGUAGAUACAAAUUACCAAUAAAUACUUAUUUUCUUGUAUAUUGA